AUGGCACAGCCUCUCGCGGAGGCCUUCCCGCCGCACCAGGGCGACAGCCUGCCGCCGCUCCUCAUGGCGCCGGGCACAGUCGCGUUCCAGCCCGCUUCCAGCUCGCGGGCGCGGACAGAGUCGCCCCUGCCGCUCCCCCACGACCCACCGGGCCUGUCCAGCGGCCCGGGCGUCGCGGCGGAACUCGAGCGACAGAUCUUCGACCGCACCUCCGUCGAGGCCAAGAUCGGCAAGGUCACGGACGAGGUCGCGGAGGCCAAGGUGGCCCUCGCGAAGGCCGAGGGCGAGCGGCAGGCGGCCCUGAAGGCGGCGACGUUCUCGGCGAUCCGCGAGCAGCUGGAGCAGGAGCGCGUGGCGGUGGCGGAGCAGGAGGCGGCGUUCCAGGAGCGGUACGCGGAGGUGGCGGAGAAGGAGCGGGCGGCGGAGGAGGCCCGGCGGCGCGCGGGGGAGGUGGUGGCGCGCGAGACGUCGCUGCGGGCGGGGGAGGAGGCGCUGCGGGAGCGCCGGGCGGAGCUGGAGCGGUCCGUGACGGCCAUGGAGCUCCGCAAGGCCGAGGCAGAGCGGCUGCUGGAGCGGCAGCGGCGGCAGGAGGCGCUGCUGGACCAGCGCGAGGCGGACCUGCGUUCGCGGGAGCAGCGCGUGCAGGAGGAGGAGGCGGCGGUGUCGCGCGGGCUGCGGCGGCGCGAGGAGGCGGCGAGCGAGGAGCUGGCGCUGCGGGACCGCGCCGCGGAGCACGAGGCGCGCGUGCAGAAGCUCGGCGCGGAGGAGCAGGGGCUGCUGCAGCGGGCGAGGCAGCUGCGGGCGGACGUCGAGGAGCUGCAGGGCAGCAAGCGGCAGGCCGUGCAGGCGGAGCGAGACGCGCUGACGGGGCUCAAGGAGGCGCGGCGGGCGGCGGAGGCGGCGCUCUCGCAGGCGCGGAGCGAGGUGCAGUCGGUGCGCGCGCAGUACGAGGAGGGCAUGCGCGAGCUCGAGGCCAUCUCGGCCGAGCGCGACCGCUGGCGCCGGGAGCGCGACGCGGCCGAGAGCGCGGCGCGCGACGCGGCGGCGGCCACGCGCCGCGACCUGGACGCCCGGCAGGCCAAGCUCGACGCGGACCGCCAGAAGUACGAGCGCGAGCUGCGCGCCCGCGAGGAGCAGAUCGCGGAGGCCCGCCGCGACCACGAGCUCGCCGUCGCGGAGGAGGACGCGCGGCUGGUGCGCGAGCAGGCCACGAUCGACGCGCAGCGCGAGUCGCUCAAGGCGACCGCGGACGACCUCACCCGCCGCGAGCGCGACCUCCUCGACCGCGAGAACACCGUCGCGGCGCGCGACCACGAGGGCGGCGCGCGCCUGCGCAAAGCCAAGAAGCUCGAGGCGGACCUGGAGGCGCGGGAGCGCGCGCUGGCGGAGCGGGAGACGGAGGCGGUGGAGGCGCUGGCGAAGGAGCGCGCGUCGCACGCGGAGGCGGUGGCGGAGCGCCGCGAGCUGCUGCAGGACUGGGAGCGGCGGCUGUCGGCGCUGCAAAAGGACCUGGGCGCGGCGCGGAAGGUGGUGGACGAGCGCGACGCGCUGCUCGUGGCCAAGGACCGAGGGCUGCAGCAGGAGGCCGGGGCGCUGAAGAUCCGCGAGGCGGAGCUGGCGUCGCGGGCGGGCGAGGUGGAGAAGCGGGAGCGGCGCGUGCGGGGCCUGGAGGAGCGGGCGGAGCGGGACGCGGAGGCGGCGCGCGGGGUGCGCGCGGAGCUGGAGCAGCGCGAGGACGCGCUCGCGCAGGCGGAGCGGCGGGCGGCGGCCAAGGAGAAGGAGCUGGGGGACCUGCGGCACGAGCUGGGGCGCAAGGAGGCGGCGCUGGGGCGGCGGGAAGGGACGGUGGGGGACGCGGAGAAGGUCGCGAACGAGGCGAGGGAGAAGCUCGAGAGGGCGGCCGAGGAGAUCACGGGGCGCGAGAAGGCGGUCCUGGAGCGCGAGCGCGCGGCGGAGCGCAUGCUCGAGGCGUCGGCGCAGUGGGAGCGCGACCGCCUGAGUCAGGAGGCGGAGCUCAAGGCCCUCGAGAAGCGCGCGACCGAGCAGGCGGAGCGCGCCGAGGCGGGCGUGCGGAGUCUGCGCGAGGCGCAGGGCGCGCUGGCGGCGAUGGACGCGGCGGUGGCGAAGCGGGAGGCUGCGGUGGAGGACACGUGGCGGACGUACCGCGCACAGGCCCGGAAGCGCACGGCGGAGGCGGAGGGCGCCGCGGGGGAGGCGCGCCCGCUGAUGCAGGCGCUCGAGGCCCUCAACGGGAUCCUGGACGAGAUGGGCGGUGUGCAGGGGCGCGUCGCGGGCGGCCCGACCGUCAGCGAGGUGCUCGACCCGGCAGGUGCGGGCGGCGGCGCGCCGUCGCGGUGGACGCCGGAGGAGCAGGCGGUGGCGCUGCAGGCCGCGCGGGCGCGUCUGACGGAGCGCGAGAGCCGGCUGCAGGCGUGGGCGAUGGCGGUGGAGCUCGAGGCCGCGCAGGCGGUCAAGGCGAUCGACGCGCUGCGUUCGCGGGAGGCGGCGUGCGCGGAUGUGGCAGCGCGCGCCGAGGGCACGACGGCGGAGCUGAACGCGCGGCAGCGGCAGCUCGAGCACCGCGAGGCCGAGGCGGCGCGCAACGAGGCGCACACGCAGCGCCUCGCGGACCACGUCGCGUCCCGCGGGCGGCAGCUCGAGGAGCGCGAGGGGAUGGUGGUCGCCGCAGAGGAGCGCGCCCGCGCCCUCGAGGCGGCGCUCGGGACGCGCGAGGCCGAGACGAUCGAGCGCGAGAAGUUCGUGCGCGACAAGCUCGCGCGCGCGGAGGCGCUCGCGGAGCAGCAGCGCGAGCUGGCGAAGCGCGAGGCGGAGCUGGCGGACAAGACCGCGCGCGUGGAGGCCGCGGAGGAGCGCGCGCGCUUCGAAGAGCGGCGCUGGAAGGACGCGCGGGCGGACCUCGAGCGCGAGCGCCGCGAGGCGCAAGAGCGCGCGGCGGCGGUGGAGGCCAAGGAGCGCGCGCUGCGGGUGCGCGAGGGCGAGCUGAGCGACCGCGCGGAGGAGGUGGAGCGGCUCGCGGUGGAGCUGAACACGCAGGGGCGGGCCGCGGACGCGCGCGAGGCCGCCGCGGUGCACGAGGCGGAGGUGCUGCGCGCGCGCGUGGCGGAGAUGGAGGAGCGGCUGGCGCGCGCGGACGCGCUGGUGGCGGACGAGAUGGAGCUGGGGUCGCUGCGCGCGGAGGUGGAGCGGCGCGGGGCGCGGCUCGGGGAGCUCGAGGAGGCGCUGGAGGGCCGCGAGCGGGCGCUGCGGGCGGCGGAGGCGGAGGUGGCGGCGCGGGUCGCGCGGGACGCGGCGGCAGCAGCGGAGGACGCGCGGGCGCUCGAGGCGUCGGCCGCGGCGCGCGGGCGGGCCGUCGAGGAGCAGCUGCGCGCGCUCGACGCGGAGAAGGAGCGGCUCGAGGCCGCGAAGUCCGAGCUCCGGAUCGCGGAGGACCGGCUCGCGAUCGAACGGGAGAGGCUGGAGGGGGUUGAGGAGGCGUCGAGGGGGCUGGAGCGGCGGGAGAGGGGGGUCGGGGAGCGGGAGGUGGCGCUGCGGGAGGCGGAGGCGCGGCUGGAGGAGCAGGCGCGGGCGAUGGAGGGCGCGGCGGCGGACCUGCGGGGGCGCGAGGCGGCGCUCGAGAGGGACGCGGCGGAGGCGGUGCGGGCGCGGCGGGAGGCGGAGGCGGCGGAGCGGGCGCGGGACGCGGCGGAGGCGGAGGCGCGGGAGCUGCGGGGCAAGGUGGCGCAGCUGCGUGCGGAGCGGGAGGCCGCGGAGGAGGGCGUGCAGGACGUGGAGCGGCUGCGCAGGCGGCAGGAGGGCAUCCAGGAACGGGAGCGGGCGCUGGCGGUGCAGGAGGAGGCGCAGCGUGCGGGGGCGAUGGACCUGGCCGCGCGCGAGCGCGAGCUGUCGGAGUCGACGUUGCGGCUGGAGGAGGAGGUGCGGCGGCUGCACGACGACCGCCGGGCGGCGGACCAGCGCAUCGCGGAGAUCGAACAUCGCGCGGAGGCGCUCGCCCGCGCGGAAACCGCGGCCGCCGAGCGCGACCGCGAGGCGCGUCUGCUCCUCGAGCGCGCCGAGCGGCAGCAGGAGCGCGCCACCAAGUCGCAGCAGGCCGUCGACCUCGCGCACACCGAACACGCACACGCGGGCGAGCGGCUCGCCGCGGAGCGCGCCGCGCUGGCCGCGGAGCGCGAGGACCUCGUGCGCGCGCGCGAUGCCGCCCUCACGGACGCCGCGGAGGCCCGGCGGCACCUCGAGGUCACCCGCGUCGAGGUGGCAGCGCUGCAAGCAAAACUGCAGUCGCAGGCCGACGAGAGCGAGCGGCGGCUCGCGCGGCUCGAGACCGAGCGCGCAGACCUCGAGCGGCAGCACCGGGAGCUAGCGGAGGAGUCGCGGGCCGCGGCGCGGACGGUUGACGCGGAGAUGGCAAAGGCGAAGAAGAAACUAGAAAAGAAGCAGCGGGAGCUGGAGGAGGGGCAGCGGCGGGUGGCGAUGCAGGCGGAGGAGGUGCGGGCGUCCGGUGCGGCGCUGAUGGACGCGCACCGGCGCGCGCAGGAGCUGCAGGGCGCGCUGGAGGCGCGCGAGCAGGCGGUGGCGCGCGCAGAGGCGGAGCUGGGCGCGCGCGUGGAGGCCGUGCAGGGGGACGCGGCGCAGAUCGCGGAGGCGAAGCGGGAGGCGGAGGUGCUGCUGGAGACGGCGCGGAAGGCGGCGGCCGCGCAGCAGCAGCCGGGCGGGCAGGGCAACGGGGCACGCCCCCCGAGGGACCCGCGGCUGGCGCCGAUUCCGGCGACGACGGGCGUGGAUAGUUUCUUCAGCGAGGGGCCGAGCCAGGCGGUGCCGCGGAACCUGAGCCACGAGCUGGCCGCGGCGGGGGCGCGUGGCGCGGCGGGGGGGGUGUCGGUGCCGGCAUCCGACAGCGGCGGGUCGGCGCCCGUGCCGUCGACGAAGCGGCGCUCGCCCAGCGAGCGGCAGCUCGAGCGUCUGCGGUCGCUCGCGUCGUCGGUGGUGGGCACCGGGGAGCGCAGCGCGACGAAGCUCAACCGUCUGCGGGGGGUGUUGGACCGCCGCGCGGGGGGGGAGUCCUCGGACCGUCUGGGGUCUGACCCGCGCGUGGACCUGCUCCGGGAGCGCUGGGAGGACCUGCGGCGCGAGCACGAGCGGCUGCAGGCAGACGAGCACAGGUUUGCGAGGGAGAUCGAGGAACAAGGUCUGACGGGGGAACUCCAGCUCAUGAAGGACAAGCUCGGGCGCGUGCAGCGGGCGCGCGCGGACUGGGAGGCGAGGUACCGGUCCCUGCUGGGGACGGUGACGGCGAUGCAGGAGGCCGCGCUCGAGGAGUCGAUGGCCCUUUAA